AUGAAGGGCUCUGACAGUGAUGAAGAUGACUCCAAUGUGGUUGUCAUUUCCAUGGGCGACUUCCAAAGCGAUGGGGACGUCAAUACUUGGCCCGCUUUCCCGUACAAGCCACGCGACGAUUCUCGCUGGAGACAGCUGCUCGCAGAGAAUUGGCUCAAGUCUCAGGGUAGCUAUGUGGAAGGCGACGAAUACACUAUCUCAGAGUUACCUGAAGGCUAUUGCCUCUUUGACAGACCGCGCGGCACCAAUCCCUUGAUCCGUGACCCUUUCCUCUACGGACAUCCCAGCGGACAGUACUUCCAGUCCCAGGCGACCUUCUUCACUCACUUCCUUGCCAUGGCUCAGGGCAAGCUGAUUCGCGGCCCUGGUCGGCCCAAUGAUGACAAGAACCCUGAUUACUGGCGGGAGUACAUACUCAAGUUGAAGGCCAAGGGUACCAUCGAUGAACCCAAUAAGCAACCUACCAACUUUGACUGGGCUCUGUCCGACGCAUUGCUAUCUGACUAUUUCAACAAGCUUGUUCUUGACCCAUCCUUCGUCCCUCGCUGUGGCGAGCUCGUACUUUGUGUUUGGGACAUGGAGGAUAACUCAAGCCUGCUGCGCAAUCCUGAGAAUGGCCACAUUGAAAUCCGCGACAGUUACGGCCGCUGGCAUGUGCCUAACUGGCGUGCCGGUGUGGUGACUCAAGCUCCUGAGACCGAAGUUCACAUGCUGGAGAUUGCUGAGAACUCCUACACCACCGAGGAACUGAGUGACCACGGAUUUCGCGUGGAGCUCCUCCCAGAUCCCGUUGGCCUAGACAAGUCAUAUUCAGUUCAAUCCAGAUACCUUCCACUUCGAUGUGUUAAGCCAUUUAACACCUGGCAGCUCUAUCUGGAUGGUCAAUCCCGCGAUGAGCUACAUCCUUCAAUUGAAAAUGCCCUGACCGUCAUGUCCUCAUGGAGCGUGGUGCACAAGGUUCAUGUCAAGGGCACCUGGCCCAACAUGAAAAUCAGCUGCAAGGGAAUCUGGAUUGGUGCCGAGCUAAUCGCUGUACACGAUACCGUUCGCCUCAAGCCUCGAGGCUACAGCUUUGACGAUACGCUGGAUGGCAAGGCCGCUCAAAUCAACGAUGUUAUGGUCAUUGACAAGAUCAGCCUCGUUCUUAGUGACUGCAUCGAAGAUCGAACCUCUCCCAAUCUUGCCAAGAAGUACUCCGUGCUCAUCACCGGCCAAAUUUACACCACCAACCCAAACCGAGGCAAGAACGGCGAGCCCUUCAGUCAAUUUCCUCUCAAACCAAUGACCAACGAAGAAGCAACCGCAACCUUCCGCCAAGUCGGCAUGUCCUCCUAUGGCCCCUGGUAUCACGUCGCCAUCGGAAAGGACAAGUCCGCCAGCAUCAGCCAGCACAUGAUCCUCGGCCGCUGCUACGAGCCACUCGCAGCCGACCUGAUGUUCAACAGACGCGAAUUCGGAUACGACCUCGGCGGCGUCAUGCACGGCCGCAACUUCUCCGAGAGCGUCGACACACGCAUGCCAAAAGGCAACACCUGGUUCUGGGGCGAUAGCCGCAUUGAAACACUGGGCAUAGUCGAGAUCAACGGCUUAGAAUGCGACAUGACUGCUCCCCAGCGCGAAACCCCUGCCAAAUGGAGGGCCAUCUUCAGGGUUUUGGGUGGAGAGGUCACUCCCGCAUUGGUCAAGCGCGCUGGCAUUCCUCCCACCAGUGGCAGCGUUGGUCGUCCCAAGGGUGCCAAGAACAAGAAGCCCGGCUCGAUGAAGGCGAAGACUGGUCUUGCGCAGGUGGCUCAGACUAGCAAGCUGGUUAGCUCUGCUAUCGGCAGUGCUCCUGAGGAAGAGACUUCUGAUGAUGUGGAGGAAGUGUUUGGUCCGGGACUCGCUCCACUGCGUACAAUCCCGAAAAGUGAGGAUGAGAGUGAUUCCGCCCUGUGA